AAAUCAUACAAGAUUUCUUCAAAUUUCUUUUUCGAGGGGACAACAUUUCUUCAAAUUACAUAAUCAUAUCUCUAAUUCUUCAUCAUAUCCUCAACUCUUCUUCAACUCUACAAAAGACUAAAAGUUCAUCAAAAAAAAACCAAAAAAAAUGCAAAACAACAACCAUUUCCUUCUCUUCCUCCUCUUAUCGCCACCCUUUGUGGUGGCGCAAGACAGUUUUAAAGGCAACUCCGGGGAGCCCUUUACUCCCUCCACCGUAAUAAUCAUCAUAAUGGGAAUCAUCUUCAUGUUCACCGGUUGCCUCGCCGUCUUCCUCCGCCAAUUCUCACACGGCUGUUUCGGCCUCAACGUCACCGUCAACCCGGCCCUCACCGCCGACGGCCACCUAGCCACCCACGGGCUCGACCCGGAAUACAUCAAAACCAUCCCUACCUACUUCUAUUCCGACGUAAAACAACACCGCAAAGGCCACGUUGAGUUAGAAUGUGCGGUUUGUUUGAGUGAAUUCCAAGAUCCCGAGGCAUUAAGACUCUUACCAGGGUGUAGCCACGUGUUUCAUCCUCGUUGCAUUGACCAGUGGCUUGCAACACACGUUACCUGCCCUAUUUGUCGUCUUUCCCUAGAGCCUGAUCUGUUAGGUAGUCCUACUAAACCAGCACCUAAUACAGUUGUCAUCAAUAUUCUUCCUGAUACGAGGCAGCAUGAUGAAUCAGACGACAGAUCUGAUGACAGCGAACAAGAUGAUCAUGAUGUAAAAAAAAUUAUUGUAGGGAAGUUUCCUAGGUCACAUUCAACGGGUCAUUCCAUGGCGGAUCCGGAGAGGUUUACACUAGUGUUACCCGAGGAAGUACAAAGUAAUUUACCGAACCGGUCUAAGUUUUUAAGUUCAAUACUUAGCCCUAGGAGUGCUUACCGGUGUGGGUGGUUUUCUAUGACCCCACCUCUUUUUAAUGCCCGGUCUAGAUCGGUUCGGUCCAUGGUAUCAUCCAGUUUGGUUAUCAACGGUUCGAAGAACCCGGCCCUACCACCGGUUAAAACAUCCGAUCGUUUAUGGCCGAUAUAGAUAUGAAAUUACGGUGAGUUCAUGGGACGUCAUAAUUUCUCAAUUUUUACUUCAAUUGGGUGUUUUUUUGUUUUAGUUUAUACUUUACAAAAUCCCGAAAUAAAAUUUUCUCUCUCAUUAAUAUGAUCGAAUUACUACCUCGAGUACGUACAUUAUAUUUUUACGAGUCCAUAUAUACCUAAUGAAAAAAGACGGACUCUAAAACUGAACAUGAAGUAGUGAAUUACUAAAAUCGAGGUUUUUGUUUGCAAUUGAAAAUGUUACUCAAAAAACGUUCCAAAUAUGAGAGUUCCACGUAAUACAUUUGGAAUUCUAUGAUUAAUUGGAGUGAACUGUUUUUUAAAAUAUAAUAAUUAUGGACAUAGUUGGGUUGGGACUCUUGGGAGUAUUACUUGGUCAAGAAAAUUGAGAUGUAUGUACAUUUCCAAUUAUUAUGUAAUAAUAUGAUUAUACUAAUGCCAAAUAAAUAGAAGAACAAGUUGAGAAGUCAAUUUUAUUGAUAAUGAUAGUGUUGUAUACAGCUUGUUAGAGAUACAAUUAUAAUAUUUUUUUAUUUUUUUUUAAAUCUUUUGUAUACUCAAACAAAAUAAUGUCAUUUAAAUACUUCGUACGUAGUACUUCAUAGCAAGGUUCUACGGAGUAUCAAAGAGGCAACUUCAAUUUUAUUAUGUAUUGAACAAAAAGGUUGUCCUUAAAUUAAAUGUAUAGUUUGAUUUAAU